AUGGCACAGGGCAUCAGCGCACAGCUGCUGAUACCGAAGCUGCGGCCGUACCUCCCCGACGACGCCAUCAUCAGCCAGGAGGCGACCACCGGAUUCCAGCAAUCUGUCACCCACCCGUCCGCAAACCGCACCCGCAACAUGGAUUUCCUGGGGACGAAGGGGGACAUCGUCCUGAAGUACUGCCUCUGUCUGAUGUUCUGCACCGAGAACCCGAACGUCCGGGACCCGCUCGGGCUAGAACCCGAGGACAUCGCCGUGGGGGGGGACUACGCAUACGCCAACCAACAGCGCUCGGUACACAGGCGCGGCACUGUGGUAGAGGCGUUCCUGGCCGUCAUCGACCACCACCUAGGACUGGACGCCUGCAGGGUGUUCGUCCGCAGGGUCUGGAGCGCCUUCUUCCGGAGCCAGGGGGUGGCGUUCACCACCUUCAAGCACUACGACCCCAUCUCCCAGAUGGAGACGAAGCUAGCGCAGCACAUGGAGGGGCAGCCCAAGGACUGGCUGGCGGUCCACGAGGAUGGGCCCACCGCCCAGGGCCAAUUCUGGGCAGAGGGCGGCAUCAAGUCUGCACCGUACGAACUGCUCAGGGGCCCUGUGUACGCCCGGUCCAAGAACAAGGCGAAACGGGCGAUCUACACCGAACUCGAUUCGGACCCGCGUCUAACGGCCUUCAUCACCAACCACGUCAAGCCGCCGAAGAAGAGCAGAUUGGCGCGCCCGCUGGUCGCCGCGGCAGAUGACGCGGCCGCGGGGACGGGCGCGCAGAGCUCCGCCGGAGACACGGAGGCAGCCACCGGAACGGACGAGACGGACGGAAAGCCGCCGAAGAAGAGCAAACCGGCGCACCCGGCGCGCGCGGCGGCCGGGAACGCGGCCGCUGAAACCGACGCACCGAGCUCCGCCGCGGAUACGCGGGCGGCCGCCGGAUCCAGCGGAACAAACGGACUGCCGGAGCCACCCGCAAGUUCCGGCACGGCGCCCGCAUGA